AUGCAAGGCUACAGUAUCUUUUCAGACGUCAGCUACAACGUACAACAACAAAAACAACUUGAAAUGGAACGACUACGAGAGGAACAGAGGCGACGAGAGUAUGAACUUAAAGUAGAAGCCGAGAGAAGGAAGCUAGCGGAACACGAGCGACGUGUAGGAGUUCGCCCAGCACAGGAGAAGAAUACCUUAGAAGAGCAGCGAAUUGAGGAACUGCGACGACGAGAUGAAGAAUUGCGAAGAAAUGCAGCCAAAAGACGUGAGGAGGAACGUCGACGUGCGGAGGAAGAGGAGAGGAAACGUGAUCAGGAGGAAGAGCGGAGACGUGAAGAGCAAAGACGCUUGGAUUUUGGAAGACGUGAGGAGGAGAGAAUUCGAGAAGAACAGCGAAGGGAAGAGGAACGGCGGAAAAUGGACAGAGCUGAGAAGGAGAGGAUUAUGGGCGAAGAGAUGAAUAAGGAGGAGGACACUACAACGAGCAAAGGCGGUGUUACUGACACAAACGCUGUCCCAGAAGGAGAUGACUGGGAUUAUGGGAGCGACGAAGACGUGGAUGCAACGGACGACUAUCUCCAUGCAGACAAAGAAUUAGAAGGGGUGGAAGCAACCGAUAAAGAAUCCAUCGAUCACGGCUCAGAUGACACUGUGGCUGAUGAAGCAGAAAAACCAGGCCAUAAUCAACAAUUGGAUGGGAUCAUUAAAGUGAUAGAAGCAGCUGCAGAAGAAACUACUACCACUGACGGCCAUGAGGAUGAUGACUACUGGGAUCAUUCGAUUAAACGAGACGAUGAAGAGUACGAAGUUCCGAAAGUAGUGGAUUCUGAAGAAGAUCGCGAACUCUCACCGACCAAACCUGCUGAAGGCGUUGUAGUUCCUACCGGAAAAGUGCGAGAGUUUGCCGCAGAAGAAGGCGAAGAAGGCUGGAUGAUGAUGAAACGAGUGGACGAGAACUCGUCCCCGAUCACUCUCUCUGCCACUGUAACCGCCUUAUUCCUAAUUAUGAGGAUAUUUUAG